AUGACGCAAGAUACGCCGCUCUUCUUCGAUUCUGGAGAUGAGUGGGAAGAAGAAAACAAUAAGACCGAGAGUGAUUUGGAGAUAGUCGCGAGCACACCUGCCAAACGUAAACACGAAGACAAACUCAGUCGAGAAGACACAGACGUCGUCGAGAUAACGGCGAAAACAGAUGAAACGCGCUAUAAUCGAUUUAUUGGCGAGAUUAUCAUUAGUGGUUGGUCCACUGUUAACGGCAAAGGUUAUGCCCGCAGUGGCGAGCAGGUGCUGGUAGAGAGAGAUAAGAAUAAGCAGGCGGAGAAGACUGGCAAGAAUGGAAAGAAUGGCAAGGGCAAAACAUCAACUUUGAAGGGAUUCGCUGCCAAGUCUUCAAACAAAUCAGAAAACACUAUCAUCAGAUUUAGGAACAUGCGCGGGUUUGAAGUGGGUAGGCUACCGUCUAACCACACGUCGUAUCUGAGCAGACUGCUCGAUAAGCAGAUCAUCGAGCUCACUGGAACGUUGAUGGAUUGCGACGAGACGCUGCGCAGUGGUGAUACCAUCAUUCUCUCGCUACAGGUGUAUCUUCACCCGAAAGCGUUUGCACAGAAGAACAGCAGCAAAAGCAACAGCAACAACACAGACGGACAGGCCAGCAAGAUAUCUCAGAGUGAGGAAAGCCAACAGGAGAAAGAACUUGCUGGACGGCAGGAGGCUCUGAUGAAAGUGUUCCACCAUACCAGCUUGAGCCCGAUUGAAAGCAGCAGUGUCACCCAACAGCAUCGUCGCAAAGGCGCCCUUAAUGGCAUAUCCCAGAUUGACCACUUCAAGCAAGCUGCUUCACAGAUACACUCCGUUGACACCGUGAACACUGCGAACACUGACACCGACACUGAUAACACCGUCAAAAACAACACCAAAACUACGCAUGUGAUGGACAAGUCCGUUAUCAACAUUGAUAGCAGCGACGAUGAGCAUGAUCAAGCUCACGAUAACGCUCACGAUCGCUCUCAAACCCCUGACAAAGUCGAUGACGAGCAGCUGCGAGCUGUCUAUAGCCGCGCUGGAGGUACUAGCAGGAACUUGAUGCCUAUUGAUGCCGCUGACAGCUUCAAUCUGACACUGCGCAACUACCAAAAGGAAGCGCUCAGCUGGAUGUCGUCAAUGGAGAGUGGAGAAAGCGAGGAGAUUGGGAAAAACGGGAGAAGCCGGUCGUGUGAUCCACAUCCUCAAGCGAUGCAUCCUCUUUGGGAAAAAUACCGAUUCAGAGAUCAUCCGCAGAGCACGACUCAUGCCGAGUAUUUUUACUUCAAUCCAUACUCGAGCGAGCUGUCAGAUACUUUCCCAUCUGCCAACAAGACUCUGAGAGGUGGCAUACAGGGCGAUGAAAUGGGUAUGGGGAAGACUAUUAUGAUUGCAGCGCUUCUCCAUCACCACAAAAACUCAGACUUGUCUUGGCACCAAAAACAAAUCAAUACAGUCAAGCCAGGAAAGCAGCAGAGAAUUGACGCAGUUGGGAGCAAACAAUCUAAAUCUGCUCCUAUAAAGAUCGAUCAGAGCGAUUCAGAUAACGAUUAUCAGCUCAGUCAGAGCCAGGAAAUCCGAGACACUGAAGAUGGCAAGCCAAAGAAGAAACGGAAGCAGAAUACAUCUACGUCUGCUAAAAAUCCCUCACAAUCCAGACAGCCGGGGGGUUUCAAGGCGCUCAAUGACACUACUCUCGUCAUCGUUCCUAUGUCCCUGCUCGGUCAGUGGCGAGACGAGAUUGAGCGGUGCUCUGCGAAAGGCUCUGUUCGCACCAUUGUAUACUACGGCGAAAAUCGAGGCAAUCUUGAGAAUCAACUGAGAAAGCGCACAAAAGUUGAAGAUGAGAAUGGCAAUGUUAUAGAUUACUCGAAUUGUUUCAAUGUCGUAAUAACAAGCUAUGGUGUUCUCAUAAGCGACUACCAGACAUUCGUAAAGUCUUCCAACGAGGCUGUCACCGUACCGACGAUUCUCGAUUAUUAUUGGCACAGAGUUGUAAUUGACGAGGCACACCACAUCAAAAACAGAUCGACGCUCAAUGCCAAGGCGGCAUUCGAAAUCGCUGCUUACAGAAGAUGGGCUCUCACAGGCACACCGAUUGUCAAUCGCCUCGAAGACCUUUACUCGCUGCUCAAAUUCCUUAAAGUUGAACCUUGGUCCGAUUUCACCUUCUUCAAGAGUUUCAUUACCGCACCAUUUGCAAGCCAAGAUCCCAAGGCUAUAGAACUGAUCCAGGUCAUAAUGUCAUCUUGUCUGCUCCGGAGAGAGAAGAACAUGCGAGAUAGCGAUGGGAAACCUAUCGUCACACUCCCCAAGAAGAUUGUCAAUGUUGAGAAACUCGAUUUCUCCCCGGAGGAGAGACAGAUAUACAACGCUAUCUUUAAAAAAGCGAAGAGGAAGUUCGAUGCUUUGAGUCAUAAAGGGAUGUUGCUCAAAAGCUACAGUAACAUAUUCGCAAUGCUCCUCAGACUUCGCCAAGCUGCUCUCCAUCCGUUUCUUGUCACAUCCGGAGGUAAUAAGAAGGACACAGAGAGCGAUGAAGUGGAGGACGAUGAUGGUGGUGUUGCAGGUAUUGACAUACAGUCUAUGAUUGCAAAAUUUGCCGCAGGUGGUGAUUCCAAUUACGCCAAGCAGGUACUCAGUGAACUCGCGAACGGAGUUCAUGAGCAGACUGACAUGAGUGAAGAGGACAAUGAGUGUCCUAUAUGUUUUGAGAACAUGUCUAUCCCUGUUCUGCUUCCGUGUAUGCACAAGAGCUGCAAGCAAUGCGUUCUAGGAUACUUCGAUAGAUUAGAAGACAAGGGGGAGAUGACUUCGUGUCCAGUCUGCCGCAAUGGCCCAAUACGCACAGAUCAACUACUUGAGGUCGUGUACGGUGAACCGACAUCCCAGAAUGACCAAGUGGUGAAGUUGCGAAAGGCGCACAAUUUUCAAUCCUCAGCGAAACUGCGUGCUCUCACUGGACAUUUACAGCGAUUGCGCGAAGUGGAGGGUAAAUUCAAAGCUGUCGUUUUCUCACAAUUCACAGCUUUCUUGGAUCUAGUUGGCGAUUCGCUCAUUAAGGACAAGAUUCAUUUCUUAAGACUGGAUGGAUCGACGUCACAGAAGAAUAGGGAGAUAGUACUCAAUGAUCUCGAUAGAGGUGAUAAUAGUGUAGUCCUUCUCAUCAGCUUGCGAGCUGGUGGUGUGGGACUCAACCUUACUUCCGCUAACCACGUAUUUAUGAUGGACGUCUGGUGGAACGAAGCCAUCGAAAAGCAGGCUAUUGAUAGAGUACAUAGAAUCGGCCAAGAGAAAGACGUACACGUUGUGAGGUUCUGUAUCCAAGACAGCAUAGAGGAUCGCGUUAUGCACAUACAGAAACGCAAGACUGCGCUCGUUGACAAUGCGCUAGGUGGUAAAUCAUCAGAAGAAAACAAACAGGAGAGAAUAGCUAAUCUCAACUUAAUAUUCAGCCAGUGA